CAUGAUUUUCACCUUCUCAUCGCGUAUUAUUGGACCAUUUCCUUUACACUGUCUCCCGAUCGUUUUCCUUACACCUAGCAACCCAUCAUGGGUUCUGUCAUACAUACUUGCCAAUGGCUCUAGACCCAUCUACAGGGAAUAGCAUUCUACCAGCAACUCUUGAAUCUGCAGCACUCCACCCAAAAUAUCUGGGCCUAUACCACAGUGAACAUGAAAUCAUGGCUUUACGACACUCAAGUCUUCGCCAUUUCAAAUUACCGGCCAUUGGACAAAAUCCUGUCGCCGAUGAUAAUGCUAUAGCAACGCCUCUGAUGUUAUGCUUAUGUGAUAUCCUUGCUGGGGGAGAAAAGGCGAACUCAUGGCAGCUUCAUCUCCAAGGAGCAGUAGCUAUCAUGAAACAAAUUUCAGGAAGAGAACAUAACCGAAGAAAUCUCCAAGAAUCGCAUACCAGAAAGUUCUUGAGACCAUGGUGUGAAUCACUAGAGGUACUCUCGCUUCUUGGUCCCAAUUCCAAAUUGACCGGUCAAGCCGUUGAUAAUAGCAGCUCGGACUAUGUUGACGAGUUCCACGGCUUUUCUCGAACGUUGAUCCCGCUCUUUCAAGAGGCGAACCUGCUUCUCAUGGAACGAGAAUCACUGCAAGAAGCAUUAGAAAUCGGUAGUCAAGGCCAUAAAAUUGCGGAGAAAAUGUCAUAUACAGUCCAAGAAAGAUGUCGAGCCGCGAUAAGCCAGGUGAAAUCAUCUCUAGCCCGGAUGUCUUACACAUUCCAUCCUUCUAUUGAGUCUCACAUCAGCACCAGAUCGCGGUCCGAUUUUAUAUCCCUUAAUCAUGCUUUCCAUUAUGGCAUUCUUUUACAUCUUUACCGCCGGGUACAAUAUCUGCCGUAUACUCAUCCAAACAUCGAAGCUUCUGUCCAAGCGAUAAUACGCUUUUAUCAAGCUUAUAUCUUCGAGAUGAAGCAUGUCCAGGGGUAGCCAUGCUACAACCGCUUUUUGACGCUGGAUGUGAAUCCUAUGAUACGAAUCAUCGUAGUAGCGUAAUGAAACUAAUAGAUAAAUUGGAGGCGCAUUAUGGUAUGGGAAAUGUCAGCCGUGCUCGGGCUUUUCUGCAAGAGUAUUGGGUGGAAUUCGAUCAGCAACUCUAUAAGAAGAUCGAUCUUCAUUGGGAUACCUACAUCAAAUCGAAAGGAUGGGAAUUAUCUUUAUACUAACUGCACUAUAACUUCGAUACAUGUAUACGUAUAUCUAUAUGUAUAUUGUGCAAAUAAUAGACCUUUGAAC